GUAGAAACUAAAGAGAUUUCAAGAGAAAUAAAUGAUUCAAUGAUCUGAUCAAAUAAAAUAAUAUUACUAUGGUUCGAGAGAAAGUAAAAGUCUCUACUUCGACUCGGACACGACAGUGGAAGUGUGUUGAAUCAAGAACAGAUAGUAAGCGCCUUUAUUAUGGACGCUUUAUUCUGUCUCCACUUAUGAAAGGCCAAGCCGACACAAUAGGCAUUGCGAUGCGAAGAGCUUUGCUUGGAGAACUAGAAGGAACAUGCAUUACACGUGCAAAAUCUGAGAAAAUACCCCACGAAUAUUCUACCAUAGUAGGUAUUCAAGAAUCAGUCCAUGAAAUUUUAAUGAAUUUGAAAGAAAUUGUAUUGAGAGGGAAUUUGUAUGGAACUCGUAACGCCUUUAUUUGUGCCAAGGGUCCCGGAUAUGUAACUGCUCAAGACAUCAUCUUACCACCUUCUGUGGAAAUCGUUGAUAAUACACAGCAUGUAGCCAGCCUAACCGAACCAAUUGAUUUGUGUAUUGGAUUACAAAUCGAGAGAAAUAGAGGAUACGGUAUAAAAACGCCAAAGAACUUUCACGACGGAAGUUAUCCUAUAGAUGCUGUAUUCAUGCCUGUUCGAAAUGCGAAUCAUAGUAUUCAUUGUUAUGGGAAUGAUAAUGAAAAACAGGAGAUACUUUUUCUAGAAAUAUGGACAAAUGGAAGUUUAACUCCGAAAGAAGCACUUCAUGAAGCCUCUCGCAAUUUGAUUGAUUUAUUUAUUCCUUUUCUACAUGCGGAAGAAGAAAACUUACAUUUAGAAAACAAUCAACACGAUGUUACUUUACCUUUUUUUCCGUUUCAUGAUAGAUUAGUUAAACUAACAAAAAAGAAAAAAGAAAUAGCAUUGAAAUCGAUUUUUAUUGACCAAUCAGAAUUGCCUCCCAGGAUCUAUAAUUGUCUCAAAAAGUCCAAUAUACAUACAUUAUUGGACCUUUUGAAUAACAGUCGAGAAGACCUUAUGAAAAUUGAACACUUUCGCAUAGAAGAUGUAAAACAAAUAUUGGGCAUUCUAGAAAAGAAGUAGAAAAAGCAUUUCGAAAUUGAUUUAUCAAAAUUUUUAAUCCAAUGGAUUUUGAACCUUCAGCACAAUCCAUAGAUUCGGACCAGAAUUGAAUAAAUGUAUCUAGGGAGAAUUCACUUUGCCUUUGAAGUGACUACUCCCUAGAUACGCACAUCAUGAUAUUUUUUUUUAAUUGAUUCAAUUUAAAAAAGACCUAAAGUUAGGGAUUUAUCAAUCGGUAAUGUUGCUCCAAUACCCAACCAAAGGGCUACUGCAGUACCAAUCAAAAAAACGGUUGUCGCUACUGGACGACGAAAUGGAUUUUGGAAUUUAUUAACAUUUUCCAAAAACGGUACUGUUAAUAAUCCCGCGGGUACUGAAACCAUUAAAAGAACACCCAAUAACUUGUUAGGGACUGUACGAAGUAUUUGAAAUACAGGAAAGAAAUACCAUUCAGGUAAUAUUUCCAAAGGAGUUGCAAAUGGAUCCGCGGGUUCACCAAUCAUUGAAGGUUCUAGAACCGCUAAGCCCACGUUACAAGCAAUAGUACCGAGAAUUACUACUGGAAAAAUAUAUAAAAGAUCAUUGGGCCAUGCGGGUUCCCCAUAAUAAUUAUGACCCAUACCUUUAGCUAAUUUAGCUCUUAAUACAGGAUCGUUCAAGUCAGGUUUUUUUGUUAUUAGGAUAGGUGAAUUUUUCUAGAUCCAUCCCCCAAAGGAACCGGACAUGAUAAUUUUUCAUCAUC